AUGUCGGUCGUGGAAUCCAGCAAAAAACGUGGUGUACGGUGCUACAUCGAUGAAAACAAGAACGCAUCUGAAAUUUCUUUGAAUAAUUCUCGAAUUCGUACCGGAAAAUUUUUAUUCGAUGAAAUAUUUGGUAUUGAUAUUAUUGAGAAUACAGACGAAGAAAGGUUAAGAAACUGCACGUGUGAAUGCGGUUUAUCUAAUCAAGAGAAUCGAAUAGUGGGGGGACGUCCUACAUUACCAAAUAGAUAUCCCUGGAUUGCGAGGCUAGUGUAUGAUGGUCGUUUCCACUGUGGUGCUAGUCUGCUCAACAACGAUUAUAUAAUUACCGCUGCUCAUUGUGUACGGAAUUUAAAACGAUCGAAAAUUCGAGUAAUACUUGGUGAUUACGAUCAAUACGUAAAUACUGAUGGAACUUCUGUUAUGAGAGCAGUGAGUGCUGUAGUACGUCAUAGAAAUUUUGAUAUGAACUCCUAUAAUCACGAUGUAGCUUUAUUAAAAUUACGCAAGUCUGUGAAAUUUUCGAAAAAGAUUCGACCAAUCUGUUUACCUCAACCAGGAACUGAUCCUGCUGGAAAAGAGGGGACGGUAGUAGGAUGGGGUCGUACUUCGGAAGGAGGCAUGCUACCUGGAAAAGUGCAGGAGGUGCAAGUCCCUAUAUAUAGCUUGAUGCAAUGUCGAAAAAUGAAAUAUCGAGCAAAUCGAAUUACCGAAAAUAUGAUAUGCGCCGGCCGAAGUAAUCAGGAUUCUUGUCAAGGAGACAGUGGUGGUCCUCUUCUUGUUCAAGAAGCCGAUAAACUUGAAAUAGCAGGUAUAGUAUCUUGGGGUGUGGGAUGUGGUAGACCAGGUUAUCCCGGAGUUUAUACAAGAGUAACCCGAUAUCUCAAAUGGAUCCAUGCAAACAUGAAGGAAGGCUGUCUUUGUAAGUGUAUAAUUAUCGGUGCAAUGAGUUACUUAAUCAAGUCGCAGAAUAUGAAGCCUUUGUGUUUCUUAAUUUUAUUAUUCAUUUUAUUUUUAGCAACAAAAAAGUGUCAGGCCGAAAUAUUUGAUGAGAAGAUAAAGUAUUUCUUUGGAGUUUUUGGUAAUAAGCCACCUUAUUCCAUUGAAUCACCUGCGCCCUGCUACUGUAGUUGUGGAUUACGGAAUGAAGAAAGUCGUAUAGUUGGAGGUCAAACGACGAGUAUGAAUGAGUUUCCAUGGAUGUGUAGAUUAUCGUACCUAAAUAAAUUUUAUUGCGGUUGUACACUUAUAAACGAUCGUUACGUUCUCACAGCCGCACACUGCGUGAAGGGUUUUAUUUUCAGAUUCAUGUGGUUCAUGAUCAGAGUUACUUUCGGAGAGCACGAUAGAUGUAUCGAGAAAUCACCGGAAACCAGAUACGUAGUGCGCGUUAUGACUGGUGACUUCAGCUUUCUGAAUUUUGAAAAUGAUAUCGCGCUACUUCGUCUUAAUGAAAGAGUGCCGUUGAGCGAUACAAUACGGCCGAUAUGUUUACCAACAAUGUUAGAUAACGAAUAUGUAGACGCAAAAGCAAUUGUGUCAGGUUGGGGUACAUUGAAAGAGGAUGGCAAACCAUCCUGCCUUCUCCAGGAAGUAGAAGUUCCAGUCAUGAGUCUUCAAGCUUGUCGCAAUACCAGCUACAGUGCCCGAAUGAUUUCAGAAAAUAUGUUAUGCGCAGGUUAUCUUGAAGGACAAAAAGAUUCAUGUCAGGGAGAUAGUGGUGGUCCUCUAAUAACGGAGCGAGAAGAUAAAAAAUACGAACUCAUCGGUGUGGUGUCUUGGGGUAAUGGAUGCGCAAGACCUGGUUAUCCAGGUGUCUAUACAAGAGUUACACAAUAUAUGGAUUGGAUUUUGAAAAAUUCAAAGGAUGGCUGUUUCUGUGAACAUAAUUGAUUAUUACCUAGCGAUUGUUAACAUGAUGAUCGUAAACAUGAU